AUGCACCCAUCGCACUCUUUGGUCACAAUUCGGGCGGCAAAGCACCUCACCCCUCCCCUACUGUAUUCUGAUAGUUUACAAGUCAUGUAUCAUUGA